CAGCAACCUUUUAGCAAGAAGCAACGCUCCAUCCCCACUUCGUCUAUUUAUCUGCUGUCUCCUCCUUUAUUACAUUUUCCGAUAGUGUAUUCUAAAACAAAUUCUGGUCCUCGAGCAUCGAUCUACUUUCCUUUCCUCAUCUCUCUGGCGUACUCGAACGAGAAAAAAUGGCUGACUCAUCUGCAAGCUCCACCCCUGUGGUUGCGAAGGGAGUGGGGAAGGGAGUGGCCAUGAAUCAGAAUAGACGCGGCCAAGGAAGUAUCAUGGCACAAAAGG